AUGGUGGGCAGGAUGACUUAUUAGUAUGUGCGUUGUCCAUGUAAUUGUCUUCUAAUCUGUAAAGCUGCAUCGACACGCAUUGCUUGCCCACGAGGAAAUUGUCGACGUGUUAUAACUCUUGGUCAUCGGGAACCGCAGGGUAGCGCUAUCCGUGCUCCUGCUGGAAGUUGCCGUGUACAAUGUGUCCACUGCUCCGAAGUGUUCUUGUUCAACACUCUCAGCAACAGCUUAGCUCAUUGCCCACACUGCAAAAAGAAGUCAACUGUGGGUGGAUUUGCUAGACGACGUGCUCUCAUCUACCUUGUUACCGCUGUUACAACUCUACUUUUCAGCGUGCUUCUGACUGUUAUGACGAUAAAUACUGCCGCUCAUCAUCCUGUCGUUUACGGAGCUUGGGCUCUUGCCUACCUUGUGGUCAUCUAUCUCCUGUACAAUUUCUUCAAAUAUUGGAUGGUGAAGCUGAGUAUCGUACUUGGACCGAUAUAG